AUGUUGUCUCCAAGCGUCUCCUUUGUCCACGUCAAGUUUGAUGACAUUUUUUUCUACGAGAACUGCGGUGGCGGCAGCUUCGGGAGUGUGUACCGAGCCAGGUGGAUCUCCAAGGACAAAGAGGUGGCAGUGAAAAAACUGCUCAAGAUUGAAAAUGAGGCUGAAAUCCUCAGUGUCCUCAGCCACCGGAACAUCAUACAGUUUUUUGGUGCAAUCGUGGAGCCUCCCAACUAUGGAAUCGUCACAGAAUAUGCCAGCGGUGGAUCACUGUUUGAUUAUCUGUCCACUGAUGAGAGUGAAGUCAUGGACAUGAUGCAGGUCAUGACAUGGGCCGCAGAUAUUGCCAGAGGGAUACACUACUUACAUGCAGAGGCCCCUGUGAAGGUGAUUCACAGAGACCUGAAGUCCAGAAAUGUUGUUUUAACAGCAGACAAAGUUCUCAAGAUUUGUGACUUCGGAGCUUCAAAGUUUUUGACCCACACAACACACAUGUCCCUAGUGGGAACAUUUCCCUGGAUGGCUCCAGAAGUCAUCCAGAGUCUGCCUGUGUCUGAGACCUGUGACACCUUUUCCUUUGGUGUGGUUUUGUGGGAGUUGCUCACCCGUGAGGUUCCCUUCAAAGGCUUGGAAGGUUUACAAGUGGCCUGGCUGGUGGUGGAGAAGAAUGAGAGGUUAACUAUCCCCAGUGGUUGUCCUGACAGCUUCGCUGCACUUAUGAGGAGCUGCUGGGCAACAGAGCCGAGGGAAAGGCCAGUGUUCAGACAGAUCCUCUAUACUCUGGAGUCCAUGUCUAACGACAGCCAGCUUCCUCAGCAGUGCAACUCUUUCCUCCACAACAAGGCUGAAUGGCGAUGUGAGAUUGAAGCCACACUGGAGAGACUUAAGAGGCUGGAGAGAGACCUGAGCACUAAAGAGCAGGAGCUAAAGGAGCGAGAGCGACGGCUAAAGAUGUGGGAGCGGAAACUCAUCGAAGAGUCCAACAGUCCGUUGCUGCCCACACUGGACAUCUACGGCUGGACUGAAGAGCAUGUGUAUUUCUGGAUGCAGCAAAUAUUUGGUGCAGGAGAAGGACCGUGUGACAUGCAGCUUUACGCUGAUCUGUUCAGAGAAAAUCACAUCACUGGGAAGAGGCUGCUGCUGCUCACAGAAAAUGACAUGAGGGACAUGGGGGUCAAGUCUAAAGGUCAUAUCAUGCACCUGAAGGGGGAAAUUGAAAAGUUAACUCACGACUACCUCGGUUUCCUUCACUUCCCACCACUAUUAAAGGAUGAGCUGGAAAAGGAAGUGGGAAAAAGUAAAAUUGUAAACCUGGAGCUGGUGUUUGGAUUCCACUGGAAACCAGGGAGUGGGGAGUCUGAUUGUAAAUGGAAGUUGUACAUGGAGCUGGACGGAGAUGACGUGGCAGUGACUUACAUUAAAGAUGUGAUCUUUAACACCAACCAGCCGAACGUGGAUGUUCUGAGGAUGACUAAGCCACCUUUUGUGAUGGACAAAUGGAUGGUGGGAAUAAAGCCGAACCAGAAAGUGGAUUACAUAGUCAACUACGAGAGUGAUGUGAAGUCACCGAGGACAACCAGACACAGCUGCCCACUGAGGUGGAGCCUCGGUGGGGGACAAGAUGAGAUAAAAACGGUGGAGCUGGUCAUCGAGACGGCUGUGGAGGACACCGAGUGGCAGAUCAGAGACAGAACGACCUCUGAUAUUGAUCCUCUGUGGAUGUACGAUGUAAGGUUAAGGCAGACUCAAAAAUCUCCACAGCGGACUCCAGCUCAGCCCACCUUCACCAGCUCUGAGGCUCGUACACUGCCUCAGUUCCUGUCUGCUCAUGAAAGCCAGGAGUUUUCUUACGCCGCAGCUGUGCGACGUUCUCCAAACCGCCUCAGUGUGUCUCCCUGGAACGACUCACGCAGCUCCUCACCAACCACCAGCCUGUCAUCCAAACUGUCAAUGCUCCAGCUGGGGUCGAAGGGCAGCAGCCCUUCCAGCACCACGUCAGAGAGCGCCUCAGAGAGGGAGAUAAAGCGUCCACUCAGCGCUAGUGCAGUGAACGACCGCAGCAGAAACCACUACUUUGGCAACACACUAACUGUGGGAACGGGACAGGGCACGGGUCAGGCGUGGAUCAACAGUCGAGGCCAUGCUUACAAUAAGAGCAGCAAAAGCUCUCGGCAGCCUGGGAGGCCACGGUCCAACAGUUACAGUGUCACCACAGCGACCCGCCCCUCCACGAUACCAGGUAUAUCGUCUGUGACAGAAAUCCCCAGUGAGGAUAAAAACGGGGCCAAAGCCAGUGAUGGAGGGUGGAUCAAAGUGGAGCGACAGAAAAAAUUACCACGUCAGGACAAUAAACAAGCCAGAGGUCGACCCAGGAGAGGCGGCAGGGGAGGGCGUGGAGGUGGAGGGAGAAGUUAAUGUGGGACACACAUGAACUGACUACCAUAUAUAUACACUGAAAGUGGCUGCAAGGAAAUGGCUUUCUGACUUUCAUUUGUCUACUUAUUUGCUACCAACCCAAAUAUUAUAAGAGUCAAACUGAUGCUUAUAAUGUAUAAAUGUCAGCCUCAUAACACUCUUUUUUGUUUUUUAAAUGAGCAAAAUUAUUUUGCUUAUUAUUUUUAUACAUGUCAAAAAUUACAUUUUUGUAUUUUUUAAACUAAGCGGACCAUACGAUGAUCCUGAAUUAGGGAUGUAACGACGUUAUAAUAGGAUUCACCAAAUUAUGACCAAAUGCAAUGAUCCUUUAUUUGUAAAAACUAUGCAAAGUACUAUUUAUAACUGAAAUGCUCUUGUGUACCUCAUGAACUGAUGUUAUCUUGAAUAACAGAAAUACGCAUUUCUUUAGAGAAAUACUGCACAUUACCAUUUAUCUCUUAAAAAUAAAACUGGUCUGGCAUUAUUAA